AUGUCGGUGCUGACAGAGUGUUUGGAGACACCAACUUAUCCACACCCACCAGAAGGAAAGUACUAUCUGGUCGACUCGGGAUACGCCGUGAAAAAAGGAUAUUUGGGCCCUUAUCGAAAUGCAAGGUACCAUCUUGAUGAGUUCAAGGACAGCGCAGCACCUACAGGUUAUGAGGAGCAAUUUAACUUCCGCCAUUCAAGUCUACGCAAUGUCAUCGAACGGGCAUUUGGGUGA